AGGAUACCUGUAUCGCGCUACAAGCUCUUUCGGAAGUUGCCCAGAAAUUCUACACAAAGGAUUCCCAGACGAACCUUACUGUUUCUGCGAAUAUAAAGAAUAUUUUCACUCAAGAUUUCACGGUCACUGGAAAAAACAAAUUGGUAUUACAACGAGCAGAAAUUCCAAAUGACCUUCUGCCAAAUUCCCUAGCAAUCAGUGCUUCUGGAAAUGGAUGCGCUUUAAUGCAGGUGAGAAAAAUCGGUCUAAGCUAAUUUUUUAUGUCUACAUGCAUCGUCUCUGGAUAUUCUUCUGGAUGUAUAAAGUAUAGGUUAUCGAUUAACGUUCUUCAACCGAAAUGUUAGUACACUUUUCAUGUUUGACUACAAUCGCAUGUAAUUUAAUUCGCCUAUGUAAUCAGAUAAGGCUGUGUAUCCCAAUGGUUCAACCAAGUUUGCACAAAUGAAAAGACAGUGGAAUAAAAAACAUCUGUACAGCAAACUGAACAGUGCAGGGGAAAACAUAAUUAAGCAUGGUGGACAUGUGCUUUUACGUUCUGUUUUUGAAGUUGAGACAAAGGUGUACUGGACAGGCAGUAUAUGGUUUUCUGAUUUCAUUAUAUUCAAGCUAUUUAUUUGGAGAACUGUACUGAGUGGUGUUGCUUAUAAGAAAUGUGAAUUGAUGUAGUAUUUUUAUUAAUCAAACUCCCAAGGAAGUUGAAAAAUUUUACCCAUGAAACUAUAUAUAUACACUAUGAUAACAUAUACUUUCGGGUAUGCGUCAUUAAUUUGUAUAUAUCAGUACGUGUAUCUUUUCGAUGUUUUUUAAUAUACUAUAUGUUUGAUAUUUGCCUAAUUCCGAUAAAUUCAACAAUUCCUUUCAGUAGAAAAUUCUUUAUUUUCUCUACCAUUCAUGUUGCUAACUUUGAUAUUAUUUUUUGGAACAAAAUAUACCAACGAAAUCAUUUCUAAUUACGUGUUACAUUUCUUCCUGGAAUGAUGAAACAUUACUCGAAAAAAAUCAUAUUAGUGCCCAUCUUUAAUUAAUUAAUUUGACUUAGCUUGUAUUUUAUUCCUCCAGACUAAUGUCAAGUACAACAUUCCAGCCUCUGACGAAGUUCCAGCUUUUAAAGUCGCCGUUUCUGUACAUCGUCGUGAAGCAACUGAUGAAGAAGAAAUGGCGGCAUGCUAUCCCUUGCAGUUGAAGAUUGAAGCAAGGUUUGUACCAUCUAAUUUAAAAUAAUUAUUCUUUGUGCAGCGUUAAUUGUAGAUAUAGUAUGGAUAGAGAGGAUAUAGUGCUGCUUGCUCGGUAAUACAUGACUUCUGUUCAGUUCCCAGAGCAUUAUGUCUUCGUAGACUACUCAUUCAUAUAAUUAUAAUUUUUUUUAUUUUAAGCAUUUACGAUAAGUUUAGUUAAAUUCGCGUUCCGAGAACUGUACCCAAAAGUUGCACCUGAGCAAUUGCACCAGAUGUAUAAUAGAUCAAUCUAUGUCAACUGAGCAUACGCAGAAUGUACAUGUUGAUGUGUGCUUGUUUUGAAUCUUAAAAAAGCAAAAUCACCGAACUGUUUCAGGAUAUGACGUUUCUUAUUAACCAGUUACAAGUCAUUGCAACGAAAAACUUGAAUCUAUACACUAUAAGUGGGACAUUCAAGUUGAUGUAUCUUUCUUCAACUCUAUAAUUUCCGCUCGAUUUUCUUACAAAAAGGAAGUGAAUAUUUUUGAUAUUCCGCUCAUGCGAACGAGGACGUGUUGUAAAAUAGAGAUCUAGUUUAGUUCAAAAUUACAGUAUAAUCAAUUCUCAUUAUCUAUAUGGUUUAAGUUACCUGUUCUAGGUAAACAGGUAUACUCACCCUAGAUUGCUGGUUUCAUUCCUUUAUAUGAUCGACGACUGUUUCUCGCACGUUACGUUAGGUGGCUUAAAGAAAAUGUUUCGAACAUGGCAAUAGUGGAUGUCAAGCUUGUCUCGGGAUUUUCAGUAAACGAAAAAGCUCUUCAACAAGUAAGUUUAUAAAUUAGUGUAAUCAAGCAUGGCCGUGCAUUUCAACAUUAUCCCUUGUUUUCGAUGAUGUAUUUUAUCGUACAUCCAUCUUUGAAAUUAUGAUAUGUGUCAUUAUAUAGUUAUUUAUAUUCAGCUAUAUAUGAAUAGCUAUAUGUGUCAUGAUAUAGCUAAUCAAAUAGCUGCUCAUUUAUUCAACCAUUUGAAAUUGUACAACAUGCAUUAGGCAAUACUUUACUCUAUGAAGGUAAUUGCCUUGAAAGGGAGGUACUGCAGGUCGCGCCGGGUUUGCAAGUCCAAUGUUCCAUACCAAUUGAGCUAUAUAUACAAGCCAAGGUCGGUUAGCAGGCGUGGGUUUUCGGAAGUCACUCUACAUCCUUCGGUAUUAGUGUGUUUUCACGAUAGUGAAUCUACAUCUUGAUCUUGAAUGCAGUUGUUAGAGCGGGUUCGAUUCCCACCGUAGUCAAUCAAACUUCAGCUUGGCCAGAGUCGACAUAUGCAGCGACAAACCAUAAACAUAUAUAUCUUCACCUAAGUAAUAACACCUGAAGCAGAAAUAUGAUUAUGUGUUUCUUGGGUAGCUUAUCUGACAUUCAAGUCCUUCCACUGACAGUAUAGGGUGUCUUCCUUCAUCUAUCGUUUCUUCCAGAUAAGCAUAUGCUCAUAAGGUAAUAAUUUUCUAGAAAUUGAAACAAUCAGAAAAUGUUAUUGAAUUCUUGGCCAGCAAAGAAGGAGAGAAUGAAGCCAUUUUAAAGCGUUAUGAAAUUGAAGGGCAGAAUGUUAUUCUUUAUUUUGAUGAGGUAAGUAAAUAUGUACCAUUACUUAAUCUAAAACAUAGUUCCCAACACAGGAUUUUUCUAACCUAAAGGUUAAAACGAUAAAAAAGUCUAUUUACAAUUCUAGAAAAAAAUGUUGUCUAUCUGUAUCGCUUAUUCAAUGUGGGGAAAUAUUUUUGUCAGUAUAUUAUACAGGCUGUAUUUAACAUACGCGUAAUAGUGAAAGACGCGUGGACGACAUAUAUCCAAGAAAGACUUUUAAUUUACCUUUGCAGAUAAAAACGAUGAGUUUCUCCCUGGAUAUUAUUCAAAGUACAUUGGUGAAAAAAACGAAGCCAGGUGUUGUCAAAGUUUACGAUUAUUAUGACCCAGGUAAGGACAGAUUUUAUGCUUUUACUGUUUAUUAUACCAACUGUUAAUCUUACAUAAAGCGCCAGACUAUUUAAUUCCAUCGCAGAAACCUGAUUUCAGUUACAACCUAUAAUGCUUUAUUCUAAUCGUAUAGCCGAUUACUAAUCCCAAUUGACCAUUUGCCUAAUAGACUAAAUUUUGAUCUCAACAAAAAUUUCAUCAGAGCUUGAAAGAGCAUCACAAAUUUAGUAAUAUUCCAAAGUUUCGUUGCGAAAUGUUGUAAAAUGCGGAAAAUAUAGCCUUGCGAAGUUUGCAAUUUUCAGUCAUUUUAGAUUACAAACGGGAAAUUGACAGCCGCAAACCCUUUGAGUUCGGAACGCGUUCUUGAAUGCAUUCUGAAACUCGCGAUAUUUCUCUUUGAAACUCAUGAUAUUUCUCUUUCUUCUGCAAAUUCCGGAUACUAUAAAUGACAAAACAAUCAACCCAGAUAGCACCGUCCCUGCAUGUCAGACAAGUUUAGUUAGGCAACAGAUAUAAUCUAUAAAAAGGCAUGAAUAUUGUGUGGCGGAAGAGUUUUUCUUCGGAAAAAAAGACUUGAUCAGCUGGACUAGAAUGUAUGCUAUAAUAUAUGCGUUGGAAUAAAACGCUUCUGUCAUUUUCGAAUUUCGAUAUUUUACACUUGAACUAUAUUUAUAAAGUGUGUCACAAAUCUUGGCAGUAUCAAUGUAGUUUAAUUAACAACAAAUGCGACAAGACCAAACUUACCUCGCAAAUGAUGACCAGAAGGAUAACCAGUAAGCCAUAUGAUCUUUAUUAAUUAAACAAAUGUUGAUCCAGUGUGAAUUGAAAAAUACGGUUUAUUGUUUGAUCAUAUUAUCGCGUCAGGAAUGCUUGUAUAUCCGUAUUAUAAUAAAUCUCAGCUCGCGUAUAUAUAAGUGAUAAAUCUGGACAAUGUUUACAAGAAAGAUUGCCUCCCAAUCUCAAUAUAAAAAUAAAAAUCGUGACUGUGAUGGUUGCCAGAGGAUUUGUUGUCUUUAAACCUUCACACAUGCAAACAAAGUCAUGCUGGUAAUUUAUGCACACGGAGUGCGGAGUGUUUGAUUGCGUUAUAUUAAUUACCUAAAAAAACAUAUAUUCAUAUGUUAAUUUUUAGAAUAGAUACACUUCCUCCAAUAAUCACAUGUAUGCAGUCUUUCUUGUAAACCUUGCUCUAGAUUUAGCACCUGUAUAUACGCGAGAUUUAUUAUAAUACGAAUACAAGAAUUUCUGACGUGUUAGUAUGAUCAAAACAUUAAACCAUAUUUUUAAUAAAACCAAAUUUUUAAUUAUCAACAAAUGUUUAAUUAAUAUGAAUGAUAUCGCUGGCUGGUUUAUUCUUCUAAUGAACAUUUGCGAGGUAAGUUUGGUCUUAUCAUAUUUGUUAUUAAAACUAUUGACACUGCCAGGAUUUGCGACACACUUUAUAAAUAUAGUUAAAGUGUAAAAUAUCGAAAAUGACAGAAGCGUUGUAUGAAUUGAUUGAUUUAUGGUCUAGUUGAAUCGCAUUAAUAGCUCGCCUAGAACUUCGCCCGAAGUAACUCUUCCGGCACACAAUAUUCAUGCGUUUUUACAGAUGAUAUUAAAGAAGAUAUUUUAGUCGUGAAUUUUAUCUCGCCGAGGCGAAUCAUAUCUAACUAAAUUUUUCUGACAGAGACCGUGCCAUCUGUGCAAUUUUUAAUAUCGAAAUUGUAGGAACGCUAUUUACAAGGCGCACUUAUUGCAUACAAGAAAGCUUUCCCAUUGUAAAAAGUGUUUGAUUCUCUUCGAAAGAAAUUUUUCUAGGGAGUAUGGUAUAUGGAACGCUAUAAAUCAGAAAUUUGCGAUAAUUUCCGAGUAUUGUCGAACUGAUUAGGAUUCGCUUGUUCUGAAUCAUGAAACCUUUCCAGAACGCGUUCGGAAUGUCUCGCGGAAUGCGUUCAAGAACGCGUCCGGAACGCGUUAUGGAACGCGUCCUAGAACGCGUUCGGAACGCGUUUUUCAUUAUGUUACUUCUGAGCAGUACUGUAUGUACACUUUCUUGGAACAUAUUCAGUGCUAUUUGUUGCAUGUCCUGUUGAUUUUUCAUUUCUUUGUUGUUCUCAUAUCACUAUAGAAAGUCAAGCCAAGGUCACGUACAAGAUCGCGGAGAAAGACUGUUAUGGGGAAAGAAGUAAGUUUGCUGGCAUUUCUCUUUUUUAGUUCAUCAAACCACAAAGAUAAAUCUAGAUAAAUUAUUUCAAUAACCAGAAAAAAAUUGUGUUUACCGCAUUAUGUUAAAAUGCUUGAAGUAACAACUGAAUAUCAGUAGAAUAUAUAUGUCCACCCCUGCAACCAAUCAGAUUGCAGGGAAUCCAAAAAUAUUGCUAGGCGUGCACGAUUGAAAAAUAGUACUACUGAAUUUUUUAAGUCCAAUGGUAAAAAUAUGUUCAUGGUGAAAGAUCGAUUUCCACUCUGCCAUGCGAUAUCAUACCAAACUACUGAAAAUAGAAUACACUGAAAAUCAGUAUAUAGGGUUCAAGGUUAUUCUAUCGUAAAAAUCAUCCUAAAAAUAUUAUAUUUUUAUACACGCCAUUUUGCUUACAUGAAUUAUGUAUUGGAAUUUAAUUGCAUCUGUUUCUGUAUUGAAAUCGUAUGGUUGAAUGAACUACAAUCACGAUCACAAUAUAAUUUUGAAAGAUUGAAUUGAUAUUUAAGUACAUAUGCGCUAUUGUGCGAUAGGUCGUAAUAGUAGGCGUCACAUUACGCGGGAGAAAAAUGCAUGGAAUUUUAAUACCGUAUCACGAGAUAACAAUCCAGGAAUUAAAUGUCCGGAAUUUUAUGAGGUGUUAUAUUAUGAAUAUUUAACAAUAGAUACUCAUUCUGCAGUCAUACAUAAACAUAAUUAUGGGAAGAAAUACCAAAAUGAAAAAUUCACAUGAACUAAUGAGAAAGCCCUGCAUCUUGUAACAAGUUUUAUGGGCUAUGGCGUUAGUUCUAGUUAUUCCGGUGCUUAUAUGUAACAUGUCUCUUUCUCUGUAGUCGAAAACGAAUGUCCAAAGUGUUUAUCAGUCGAUGAUUUUGAAGAUCUCUUUGACAAAAAUAUCAACUGCACUAGUUACCGUGAGUAUAUUUACUGUUAUAGCCACAUGGUUAUAUUUUCUUACGUUAUUUUACAUCAGUUUAGUUAUCUCGCUUCACUUUACAUAAUCCUCUGACACGAGAUUGCGUAAUGCAUACAUCAUUAACAGCAUUUUCUGUGAGGCAAAAGCUGCUUAGGGGAGAUAUAUUUUACUGCGGCAGCUUGACCCCAGCAGCAAUCGGUUGAGCUCCCCCUACCUGAAAAAAAAACAAAUCGUGACAACCAGCAAAAUCUAAGAUAGACGACAAAAGAAGAAGUCAUAUAUAUUUCCUAUUACAGUAACACGAGUUAAAUCUAUUGGUGGUCUUAUGAAAGUGAAGAAAGCUUAUAUUAAAGCUAACUAUUCUCAAGAAUAUGCAACGAUUCCCUAUGCAAUACCAGAAUUCUGUCUCUGUGACGAAAUCAACAACGGUGUGACGUCAUUGGUGUUUGGACAAAGUGACUAUUUCCGAAAGAAUGGCGAGGAAAUCUCUCUCGUGUUCGAUUCGGGUACAACAAUUACAAAAUGGAAUGGUGAGGAAAUGCGAAACAUGUUCAGAAAGAAGAUGGUGCAGGAAAUUUAUCAGAAAUGCUGGCUUUUUUUCGAAGGGUAAUUGGAUGUUCAACGUUGAAUGGAAACAACAACUAUUCCUUGACUUUUGAUUAAACACUUUGAUUAAACUUCUCGUUUAUGUAUUUGUAUUUGAAAUGAAAAUAAAUAACCUCAGAUUUGAUUAAAUAUUUGUUUCGCC